UUUGCACCUUGGACUUUAAUUUUAGUUGGACUUUAUUUUCAGUUGAGAAACAAACAAUGGACAAGUGGGUUCAGUUAAAUAAUCAGGCGGCCGGAAGAGAUAAAAUUGCAAGGCUUAUCCAGUAUGCAUCUCGCGCUAUAUGGGAUUCAUUGGAUAACUCCAAUUGCCAUCCGGCUUUGGUGGACAACUUUAAGACCAUUGAAUACAUUUUAAGCACAUUCCGCAAGCUGCUGCGGUUCGGCAAGGGACUGGAUGCCUUCUACGCUAGUUUGAAAGCCAUACAUUAUCCCGACUUGACCAUUCGCGUCACACUUACUUUGAGCAAAGUGUCCCAAUCCCUCUUUCUGUUAGCAGAUCAUCUUUUGUGGCUGGCGCGAACUGGGCUGACAACGGUGGAUACCAAGAAGUGGUCUAAUGUGGCUAACAAGUAUUGGCUAUUUUCGAUAAUAAUGAAUCUCUGUCGAGAUUUCUACGAGAUCGUUCGUGUCUUGGAUCUGCACAAAGCCGGUUGCAGAGGCGGCAUAACGCGUUGCAAGAUCCCAGCCAGCAUCAAUUCGCCGGCAGACGUUAAACGGUUGGCGUUACAGUCUUUCGUCCUGGUUCAAGGACAUAAGGAUAUUGUUGUGGACACCGUGAAGAAUGUGUGCGAUGUGUUUAUACCUCUGACGGCUUUGGGCUACACCAGUUUAACGCCGCGUACAAUAGGCUUGCUUGGAGCGAUAUCAUCGGUGGCUGGCCUUUGGGCGCUACUUGAUUCCACAGCUAAGCUGACGCCAUCCUAAAACAAACUGACCUGAUUUUGUAAACUAUAAUAUUUAAAAAAGAUUGUAUAUUUUUUUAUGCAUAUCUACAUUCAAUGUACUGCUUGUUUAUUAAUGUAUUAUGUUAACCUGUUAAAAAUGUAGUUGACGAUUUUAUUCUAAUAA